UUUUAUUUCAAACAAAACGGCGUCUACUAGCGAUUUUAUAACAAAAAUAACGUGUAAAUAUGAGCGAAGAACAUCAUGACAUGGAGACUGCAAUUGAGGAUAAUCCUAUAAUAAGAAGAAGACGGGGACGAUUUGAAAAUUGUCUUUCUGGGAUCGAGUUCUGGUGUUUGAUGAUUACGAGUGAGACAGCACUCUCCAUCUAUGUCCUGAUCCACUGGCUUCUCGGAUGUGGAAGUCAUAUCACCUUCUCCAGUGAUGACAAUGCGGCUGUUUUGAGUUUCAUAUAUUUUAUGUCAACUCUUCUCGCUUUUUUGUCAAUUAUGUCACAUGUCAGUGGGCUACUGGUCCCGCUGUUUUUGUUCAGUGGAACCGGAUCAUUCGUCCUGUUUUUCCUGGUCAACAUCUCUACAAUGCACACUCCACAUGCGGUUAAUGUUUACAAGCAACUUUGCCAGUCAAAUAUUACCAAAAUCUAUUGUGAAGCUAUUGUGGAAGACAAAACUGUGACAAUUGUCAAGACUUGGAUGCUCAUCCUUUUCUUCUUGAUCACUUGUGUGACGAUUUUGUUUCAGUUUACACGAAAUGAUGAAUAUGCUCGCCGUCCGCCACCUCCAUUCCAUCCAGCUUUCUAUCCAUAUCCGAUGCCACGAGAAACCCCGAUUGGUGCAACAAAUAUUGAUGAGCCGCCAAGAUAUUCGACACUCGAACCCAUGUCCCCUCCAAAACCCGGCUCAUCAACUGUGACGUCACCGCCUCGUUACAGCUACUGGGAACGAACGUUCGGAAGAGCUAGAAGUGCUGCAUCUCAGUGCUCGGAAGUUUCUGUCAAAUCAACAACUGCAAAGAGUCACUAGGAAUGUAUAUUGAACUUGGUGUGAAAUAAAAAGCACGUAG